GAUACCCAUCGUGGCCAGCAGUGCCCUCAGGCUCGCACGAAUGAUAACCUACAUUCCAGCCACAGUCGUUGGCAACGACUGAACGGGGGAAUCCAUCUACUCAGCCGGAUAGCACCCACACACCGUCGAAAUUUUUGUUGUGUCUAGGUAGGAGCAUCCACCCCGUCAUCACUCCCGAUACCUCGCAAACAUUCUCGGGACACGACACUACUAGGUAGCUGAACAUCCGGGUCAAGACUUCCCUGUGAGACCCCAGCUUUUCGUAAAAGCUUGGUGCGACAUCCUCAUCAGUGCAGCUUCUCGCCAUCGAUUCAUAAAAAAGCAGCGCCAAGAUGACGACCUCUAGUUUUCUCCAUCCCGUUACCGUCGUGGCGCUUCUCGCACUGUUUCUCGCAUUACUCGAACCUGCAGCGGGAGAAGUAGGGAAGCCAAUGUCAGCGCCGGUUGUUUCAGCUAAAACCGGCCUGACCUUUACUCUGCUGCCCAGAAACCGAUUCGGCGCGAAAUGCCUCGACGGCAGUCCUCCAGGGUACUACUUUCGGCCAGGCUCCGGUAAGGGUAGCGACUCGUGGCACGUCUUCCUGCCCUACGGCGGGUGGUGCACAACGCCCGAAGAGUGCAGGUGGCGCGCCACGCAGAGCAACUACGGCUCGACGAAACCGGCAUUGCAGGCCACCAACCCUUUCAACAACGCCUUGUGGGGAUACCGGGGGAUUCUAAGCGCGAAUGUGUCGGAAAACCCGCGGUUUUACAACUGGAACUUAGUGAUGCCCGUGUACUGCGAUGGCGGGGGAUUCGCGGGCCGCGCGGGGUUCAAGAACGUGAGCGGAACUGACGGCGUGUUUUUGGCUGGUUGGAAUAUCAUCAAAGCUGUUCUCACAGAUGUCACCGACCGGCGGGGGCUGAAGAACGCCUCCCAGGUGCUGCUGUCGGGGGUGUCGGCGGGCGCCGAGGCGGUGGUCACUCUGUGCGACCAGCUGCCCGCCCUCGUGCCGUCCGCCAAAACCACCAAGUGCCUCAUGGACUCGGGCUUCUUCCUUGAUUCGUUGGACAAAAAGAACAAGCACACGUUCAAGAGGAAAGUAAUCCGGAUGGCUGCACUGCAUGAUUUCAUUGGCAACCCAAGAUGUGCCAGAGCACAAAACACGACGAGCAAGUGGAAAUGCUUUUUCCCCCAGCAUGCGACCAAGUUCAUCAAAUCGCAAGUCUUCAUCGUCAACUCGCUCUUCGACUUCAAUACCCUCCUCCUUGGUAACCAGCUCCCUGCUAAUGGGACGUAUGCGAGCGAGUGUAUCAACGAGGUUAUGAGUGUACCAGACCUUAUGGGGCAAAUGCAGGCGAAUACAUCGCCUCGAGUACUCGCGUGGAAAAACGCGAAUAAGAAGUGUACACUAGCGGAGUCGCGGGCGGUUAUUGGAUUCGCGAAGCAGCUGCAGGAGGUUACAAGCUCGCUGAAAUCUGGCAAAUUCAGCAGCUUUGUAGCAUACUCUUCUAACCACGGAAUUAUCAACCACAAUACUUGGAACACUUUCACCUCGAAUGGUUUGAGUUUGAGGGAAACAGUGGAAGGGUGGUACUUUGGAUCCUGAGCCUGAUUUUGCUCAAGACUGCCUUGUAAAUGUAGAGAGUUGUAGUAUGCAAAUGAGUUGGUAUGAUGGAAAUACAUGGUCUUUCACGUG